GUUAGAUUUGUUUUUACUUAUCAAGUGUGAUUACAGCCUACAACCUUGACAACUUUGCUUAGUUUGAAUACACUUUGAAAUGAUUAUUGUUUUCUGAAUUUCUAAGUGUCGUUAUGCAUACUGUAGAGUCAAUAAUAGUUUCUCCAAGAUACACAAGAAACAUUUCAAACGAAAGUGAAUUGUAUUUCAAUUCUAAUUGUCAGAGGAACAAGUAUCCAGCUAUCUCUAAAUGUCGUGAUCAAUAUUACGCAGAUAGAGUUAGUUAUAUUUCCUAUUCCCCUCAUCAGCGUAACAACAGGAACUUGAGUCGCACGAAUGUAACUUCAGUCAGUCGACGCAACACACAAAUAUAUGACGACUCAUCUUUAUUAUGUAAUCCACGUAGUUUCGUUAACUCUGACUUAUCUUUUUCUUGUAAUCAUCCACAAAGAGGAAAUUCUUUCAACUGUUCUCAAAAUUAUGGAGGUUACCCACUGUCUGGAAGGCCAAGAAUAUCUAACCAAACUUCAAAAAGUUAUUUAAGUCCCUCCAUUUUAAAUUUGAGCAGUGGAACCUGUAACAGGUCACUUCGCGAUUUGCGCAAAUCUCCGGAAAGACAUAUUAGUACCAGUAGAUACCCUUAUUUCACGAAUAAAUCACCGAAAGCGAGAAAUGACUUCAAGCCGUUUACGUACUUGAAAAACAUUGAGAGAGAUCAUGAUAUUCAAAGACAGUAUUUAUUUGGAAGUGUAAAACCUCGUGACUGUGGAAUCGAAUACGAUCUUUUAUCAUCACAGCCCUUGGAAAUGAACCAAUACACCCUUCCUUUAGAAUCGGCUAAGGGAGGAAGUUUAAUGCUAGAGAAUAAAAAGGAAUUCAGUCUGAAUACAUUCAAUCCAACUGAUCACGAUUCUUCCUCUGUUAUUCAUGUCAGACCUCAUCGUAUGCGAAAAACUAUUGACAUAAAACAGAAUGACAAAGCUCUUGACGAUCCUUCGCAUAAGCGUCUGUCGAAAUGUCUCCAGCCAAAACCUAGGACAUCUUACGAUGGUUCUUGUUGUAUGUCAGGUACUCUUGCCGUCACUUUGUAUGGAUCGAAACUCACCGAAUACGAACGUAAUGAAAUUCAAGAUUAUGCUGAGGUAUAUUUCCUAGGGCUUAACGCCCCCAAAAGACAUCCACUUGGAAACUCCAUCAGUGAUGCGUCAUACAAGAGAAGUAGCAUUAUUUCGAUUAGUAAUGUGACUGGGUUCGACGAUGCACAAAGCAGUUAUAUUCUCGUCCCUAAUGAUCAUUUAGCUUAUCGAUAUGAAGUUCUCAAACCCCUGGGCAAAGGAAGCUUUGGUCAUGUUGUCCACGCAGUUGACCAUUGUACAAAGAAGCAAGUUGCAAUAAAAAUUGUCAAGAGUGAAGCUAGAUUUACUAGACAAGCUGUUGAGGAGAUCCGCAUUCUCAAAGCCCUCAACGGGCAACAAAAUGAUGGAGAGUUUAAUGUUGUACACCUAGUGGACCACUUCAUAUUUCGAGGUCAUGUGUGCAUGGUGUUUGAAUUACUUUACAUAAAUUUAUAUGAACUCAUCUGCCGUAACAAUUUUAAAGGAUUUUCUCAGUCUUUAGUGAGAAAACUUACUUAUGGUAUACUAUGUUGUCUUGAACUUCUAUAUCGGAAUAAAGUGAUUCAUUGUGAUUUGAAACCGGAAAACAUUUUAUUACGACGUCCAGGAAAAAGCAAAAUCAAAGUAAUCGAUUUUGGAUCAAGUUGUUAUAUUAAUGAAUGUCCAUAUAACUACAUACAGUCACGAUUUUAUCGUGCACCUGAAAUCAUUCUUGGCUUACCAUAUGGUACUCCGAUUGAUAUGUGGAGCUUAGGAUGCAUUCUAGCUGAAUUUAUAACUGGAGAACCAUUGUUUCCAGGUGAAGAUGCGUUCGACCAAUUAGCUUGUAUUAUGGAAAUCUUGGGGAUACCGCCGAUGCAAAUGAUUAAGAAAGGCAGUCAAAGUCAUCAUUAUUUCAAUAGUAAUGGUCAACCUUUAUAUAUGAUUGAACAACAAAAACACACUUAUGGAAAUGAACAGUCAGAUAAUACAAAAGAAGCUUUAACCAAUCUUAACAAAUCUUUAAAUUCUUCAUCAACUAAACAUAAACGUUCUGGUAGUAGUAAAAGUCAAAAGUUAAGAAAAUCACCUGGCUCUAUGACUUUAGUUGAUGCCUUGACUAGUUCGAAAAACUCUUCCGUUUGCCUACCAUCAAGCGAUAAAACAAAUAUUGGACAUAAAAUUCCACAACCAUUUGACCCAGAUAUGGUAGAUUUUCUAGAACGUUGUUUAAAAUGGAAUCCAGAUGAAAGAAUGAAUCCACUUGAAGCAUUGGAUCAUCCAUGGAUUAAAAAAAUGUCAUCACAGAGUUUUGGAAGAACAGAUAGUUUUCUAACAACUUGUAAUUCAAAUGGUAAUACAGAUUCCAAUUAUUUAUACGGUAAUGAUAGUAUAUUUACUAAUGGAACAACUAAACACGUGUCUGAUACAGAAUUUGUUGCCAGUAUUUUAGGCGUACGUACACGAAAACGUGAUCCCAAUUUACUGCACGUUUCCAGAAAGUCAGAAGCUCACAGUAUAAUACCUGACGAUACCAUGAGUCUGAAUGAAUCCUAUCGUCGGUAUUCAUACGACCAGAAUAAUAGCAGACUUUCUAAUUUGUUUGAAAGAUCAGUAACAUGUACUUCUAAUCCCAAAUCUCGCAAAGAAAUGUCUUCAGAUGUAUCAAGUCACCAUACCUCAGAAAGUUACCACAACACAAAACAAUAUCGAAGUUUUUUAAAUAACGGUCAGAGUGAUGUUAGUAACAACAUUAAUGUGGACAAUCGCAAUCAUAGUGUUUCUCCUCAAGAUGACAAUCAAAAUCGCCGAAGUCGUAAUCGCCAUCGUAGUCGUCGUCAAGGUAUUAACACUCAUUCUGAUCAUAUACAAGAAGAAGAAGACAAUCGCAGUCAUUCAGACUCAGAUCAGGUACUAGAAGAAGAACAUGAUUAUACCACCAGUGGAGAAACGCCCUUGCUAAACAUCUCAAGUAUUUACCAAACACCCAAAGAAGAGAACGAUCGUAUUGAAGUGAGCGUUUGUGACAUUGAACAAAGCAGUAGGAAUUCAGGCUACUAUGACAAUGCUAGUAAUCUUAAUGGUAAUUCGAAGAUAACAGUGUGUAAUGAAGAAAAGUUUAUACUUGUCCCAAAUUUGAUCACGGGUGAACAUGACAUAUAGUCUACAUAUUUUCUAGUAUUUGUUUUAUCUUUUGUGUAUUUACAAAAUCGAAAACGAGAUCGAUAAAAAAGAGAUUCGGAGAGCUAACUCUUGUUCUCAUUACAUGAAACAUACUACAACUGUUUUUACAACCUAUUCAUGACUAACUACAACAUAUAAUUGAUUUCAACUUAUUUUUUAAUUUAACUGGAUGAAUAUCAUCAAUUUUCGUAACUGUUUUAUCCAUAAACCUCCCUCAAACUUGUAUUAUCCCCACUACCUACUUCCUAUAAUAUACAUACCAACAACAUGCUACCUGUAAUGUGGAGUGAACAAUCUACUUUGUUAAUUUACGAUUAAACAUUCUUUCUUUAAUCUUCCUUACAGACUGAUUCAACUUAUCCAUAUCAAGUCUUUCUUGGUUAUGUACAAUUAAGUACUAGGCUAAAAAUAACUUAGAAAAUAAAAGCUACCUUU